UUGUUUACAACAAAUAUUGGCGAAAUAAGAAACGUGCGCGGACCCUAUAUAAACGGCAACCAGCAGAUGUAGAGGUAUCAGUGUUCAGCGAACAUCACAUUUUCAAAGACGAAUAUUCAGCAAUCUCAAGAAACAUGAAAUCUUACACAGCGAUAUUAGCUUUGUGCCUCGUCGUCCUCGUGAUGACUCAACAAGCAACUUCCGAACCAGCUAAGAGUGGUCACCACAAUAAUGGUGGAUACGGUGGUGGAUACAACGGUGGACACGGUGGUGGACAUGGAAAUGGUGGAUAUGGAAAUGGUGGAUAUGGAAAUGGUGGACACGGUGGUGGACAUGGAAAUGGUGGAUAUGGAAACGGUGGACAUGGUGGUGGUCAUGGAAACAGUGGAUAUGGUGGUAGUCAUGGUGGACACGGAGGUGGUGGACACGGAGGUGGUGGACACGGAGGUGGUGGACACGGAGGACAUGGAUCAUAUGGACAUGGACAUCAUUAAAACAAUUUCUAUUCUAAUCCAUACAGUACAAUAAUGAUAAAAAGCUAUUUAUUGUUUUUUUUCAUACCUAUUUUUAUAUCAUGUUUAAUUAAAAAACCGAAUAAACGAUAAUUUAUCAGGUGAUUUUCACCUGUUUCAGACAA